AUGCGACGAAAUGAAGAUAAAUUUCCCGAUAAUGGCUUUGAAGCCUGGGGAGGAUAUAUGCAUGCUAAAAUAUCAAAACUGGAAGAACAGUUUAGCGCUCGAGCGGGAACUGAAGAAACUCUCUCAAAUAUAUUUAACGGUGUAAGUAUUUAUGUCAAUGGCUUUACAGUACCUUCUGCAGACGAACUCAAAGUACUUAUGAGCAAGCAUGGAGGUGUAUACCAUGUUUAUCAAAGAAGUGAUGAUUAUAUCAUAGCAUCUAACCUCCCAGAUACAAAAGUGAAAAAUAUGAACCUUGCGAAAGUGGUAAAACCGCAAUGGAUUGUUGAAAGUUUAGCAGCCAACCGUUUACUAGAUUACAGAGACUAUUUGCUAUAUGGGACUUCGAGAACACAAAAACAGAUAAACUUUAGAAAAAUAAUCAAAGAAAAUGAUUCUUUAGCAAAUGACAUUAAAUUUAAUGAUAUACAGGAAAAGAAAUGUGUUAUUUACAAUAAUACUAAGCAAGAACAAGAUUUAUCAGAAAUACAUAAAAAAAUUAAUGAACCAAAUACACUUACUUCUGAUCAAAAACCUUCUAAAGAAAGACUUGAUAAUGCACCAAGUUUGGACUGCCAAGAGAUUUUGAAACAAAACUUAGGUGCAGUUACAAAGACAGCAUCAGAUCCUGAGUUUAUUGCUGAAUUCUAUAAAAAUUCACGGUUGCACCAUAUAUCACAACUAGGAGCAUGUUUUAAACAACACAUAAAUGAGCUCAGAGAAAACAGUAACUUUCAAUUCCCUGCUCGGGAACAGCUUAAAGAAAUAAUAUUAGCUUCAAAUAAUUUUAAGAAUUUAUCGCAGUUGAAAUUUGAGAAAAAUAAAAUAAUCAUGCAUAUUGAUAUGGAUUGUUUUUUUGUAUCAGUUGGCUUAAGAAAUAGGCCUGAUCUCAAAGGAAAACCAGUUGCUGUCACACACUCUAAGGGUGGGCAGGGAAGAUCAAAGAGACCUGGUGUUGAUAGAGAUACAGAGUUCAAUCUUUACAAGCAGAACAAAGCCAAAAAAUUAGGAAUAACUACUGGAAUUUCUCAUGAUGAAAUUAAAAUUGAAAACAGAGUAGAUGACAUUGAUGAAGAGGAUUCCAAGUAUGGUUCUAUGAGUGAAAUAGCAUCUUGUUCAUAUGAGGCCAGGGCUAAAGGGUUAAGUAAUGGAAUGUUUAUGGGUUCAGCAUUAAGAUUGUGUCCAGAUUUACAGACCAUACCUUAUGAUUUUGAUGGUUAUAAGGAAGUGGCAUAUACAUUGUACAAUACCAUAGCCCAAUAUUCAUUAGAUAUAGAAGCAGUUUCCUGUGAUGAAAUGUAUUUAGAUUGCACAGAAUUACUAUCACAUAUGAAAGUUAAUGUUCAAGGUUUUGCUACAAUAUUGAGAGAAGAGAUAAAAGCUAAGACAGGAUGUCCAUGCUCAACUGGUUUUGGAGGAAAUCGGUUGCAAGCCAGAUUAGCCACAAAGAAAGCCAAACCUGAUGGUCAGUUUUUCCUUACAGAAGAUCUUGUUGAGGAUUUUAUGUACGAUAUUAAAUUAAGAGACUUGCCUGGUGUAGGUAGUCAAACUGCCUAUAAACUGGAGUCACUGGGGCACAUCACUUGUGGUUCACUGCAAACUUUGACACUAGCCAGUUUAAAAAGUCACUUGGGUAACAAAACUGGUGCACAAUUGUUUGAGCAAUGUCGAGGGCGCGAUCCAAAUCCUUUAACAUUCCAUACAGUAAGAAAAUCUGUUUCAGCCGAAGUCAAUUAUGGAAUUCGUUUUGAAAACAACAACCAAUGCUUAGAGUUUCUGAAGCAGUUAUCUGCUGAAGUACAUUCAAGAAUGCAUCAGUUUAAAGCUAUGGGCAAAUGUAUUACUUUAAAACUAAUGGUAAGAGCUAAGGAUGCCCCAGUAGAAACAGCCAAAUUUCUAGGGCAUGGAUAUUGUGAUGUAAUCAAUAAAUCUGUUUCCCUGCAAACUGCUACAAAUGAUCUUGAAGUUAUUGCCAAAGAAGUCAUUUUACUUUGCAAGAAGCAAAACAUAGAUCCUACCGAAAUGAGAGGUAUUGGGAUACAAGUAACAAAAUUAGAUUAUGUGACAAGCAGGCCUACUGUGGGUGCAAUAAACAAGUUUUUGUUCAAUAAUAAAAUUCCCAAAGCAAAAAUAAAAAGUGAAAUUAAAGCAGAACUAGUAGAAACUGAUCAAAGGAAUAAUCCUACUACUCCAACUAAAUCUAAAGUUAGUACGUCUCCAAAGAAAUCCCCUAUUAUUUCAAUUAAAUCUCCAACUAUUCGAAAAAGAGGCAGACCUUCAAAAAGCUUAAGACAACCAUCAAAUAAUCUCAUGAACAAGUUUCUUCAAGGUCAAAAUGUGGGUAGAGAUGUACCAUACAAGGAUCCUAUGAUAAGAGCAGUUGUAAAGGAAGAAGUUGAGCGAAAAGUAGAACAGUUCCAAACACCCAGAGGGUUAUUGGGACUCCCAUGGAACAAAGUAAGGGAUUUGUUAAGAGCUUGGCUAGACAGUGGUGAGACCCCGUUGCAAUGUGAUGUUGUUAUGAUUAUAGAUUAUUUACAAGAAAUGGUAAUAAAUAAGAAUAUAGAAAAACUUCAGGUACUUAUGCAUUUUCUGAGGAGAACUACUAGGGACACUGGCAGUGUUGCAUGGUUGGAGGUUUAUAAUCGUAUAUCUGAAGAGGUACAGAAUGCUAUGGUAGCUGUUUAUGGAAAGAAAUUGUAUAUCUCCAAUUAA